AUGCGGACGGAGGCGGCGAGGAGGCGAUCUUGCGGCAGCCGUGCAACGCGGCCAAUCGACACGUUUCACUGCGCCAUGUUUCUCGUAACCUUCCGCACCGGCAAUCCACUCCAAGCCACGUCGGUCAAUCCAAAACCACCAGCGACAUGUCUACCGGCACAUCAACCAACCACCCGCCCGUCGUUGACCAGCCCGCGCCUGCCGCCCGGCAUGCACCAUGACGGCGCGGGACGCGUUCGCCGCGCCCAUGCUCCUCAGCGCGCGCGGCGCCCUCCUCCUCGCGGCGUGCGUGUACCUCCUCGCGCUGCUGUACCUUGCGGUGUCGCCGUCGCGCGCGUGCGCGCUGCUGUCGGCGCUCGACGGCGGGCACACGUGCUCGGCGCCGCUCGAGGCGGACCACGCGGCGGACUGCGCGCUGACGGCGGGCACGCUGCGCGGGGUGUGCGACCGGUUCGUGGUGGCGCACGCGGCGGGGUGGCUCGCGAAGGGGGCGCUGCUGCCGCGGCGGCGGGUGCUGUGGCGCGCGUCCGUGGGCUUCGAGGCCGCCGAGUGGCUGCUGUCCGGCGCGCUGCCGACGCUGCGCGAGUGCUGGUGGGACUCGCUGAUGCUCGACGUGCUGGUGUGCAACUUUAUUGGCCUCGAGCUCGGGUGCCGCUUUGCCGCGCGCUACGGCGGUGGCGCGGCGGCCGGCGCUGGGGGGAGAGGUGGGGCGCGAGACGCGAUUUUGCUCGCAGGGUUGGUCGUCACCGACGUCAACGCGUUCCUCGUGAAACACGCGCUCGCGCUGCACAGCGCGUCACCACUAAACGUCGCGCGCCUCGUCCUGCUCUACCUCCUCGCCAUCCCGUCCGUGGCGCACAUCUGCUCCCGCUUCUCCUCCUCCUCAUCCCCCUCGCCCUCGCCCUCGCCCUCCCCCGCUCCGUUUGCGCAUCUGUACACGACGAUCCUCUUCAGCGAAAUAAUGCUAGCCCUCUCCUUCUACCGUGUCUCCUAACGCCCGCGCGCCCCUAUCGCGGGGCGUGCAAAAUGGGUCCCUGGUACCGCUGCAUGGCGAGUCUCCUGAUCUUGCGCUGCACGGACGGCCCGCGGUGUUCCGGGAUGGGGUCGACGCGGACGUAA